AUCCCACUCCAGCCACGAAAAGCAUUCCUCUGCUCUCGUGAAACCCAUCCACAUCGAUUCAGCUCAACUUUUCCUUACAUAAUCUCUUCCAUCUUUGACUGCAAUUUCGGAAUAUCUCUUUUGAGAUUUCCUCGAAAUUCCGGUCGGUUGCGAUGACCUUGUAGACCUGAUCGUGGAUUUAGCGGUAUUUAUCACCGUCUGAUUAGGCCGAAGCCCGUUCACCAUCUCCGUCCUCCGUCCAUUACCAUGUAAAUUGGGUAGGUGGGAUUGGGUGGCGAGUAGAUGAUGCCGGUUCAGGACACAAGCAUGCUAAGUGGCUUUGCUUGUUAGUUGAAGUUUAGUCCCAGUUUAGGAGUUCGUCCUCGAAAGGUUUCCCAAAGUUUGGACCAUUUCACACGGCCACUGAUUAGGCCUAGCAUCUCUAAGAAGUCAACAAAGACUCCCCAUUUUUUCAAGCCUUCCCGAACUAGUUUUCAUCUUCCAAACCCAUCUUCCCACUUUUGUGAUUCAUCACUCUCAACCCAUCUUUCUUGAUCCUGCUCCCUGUUUACGGAUCACGAAAUCCGUCUUCCACGACAAUGAAUACGCAUCUUCUUCUGCUAUGUGCCGUGUUCUUGGUCUCGAUGAUCAGUACGACACGAUCGCGGGGCCAUGGCGACGACUUGUACUCGAAUUGCGGCAACGUGUUCAACUGUGGGAACAUCCGAGGCGUCGGCUACCCUUUUUGGGGCGGUAACCGAUCCAGCAGCUGCGGCCACCCAGCGCUAGAACUUGCUUGCCAGGAUAACGCUGCCAGUAUCAUGAUAUCCAAUGUCAAAUACAAGGUUCUCGGUGUCUACCCCGUCACCGAGGUCCUGCAGAUCGCCCGGGAAGAUUUCUCCUCCGGAAUCUGCUCCCCUGACUUCACUAACACCACUCUCGACCCUGCGCUCUUCACCAUUGUCAACGGCUACAUCAACUCCACAUUCAUCUAUGGCUGUCCGAAUUUGCCGACGCCGAAUGUUCCCGGCCAGUUCUCGUGCACCAUAAGUGGUAUUGCUAAUAAAAUCGGUUAUGUGGUUCCCGGGGCUGUAGGGCCAGGAAGUUGCUUUGAGAGUGUGGUGUUCCCUAUCUCUCCCCAGUUGGGCAAUCAAUCGGCGAGCUUGGAGAAGAUAGUGCAGCAAGGAUUCGAGGUUAGGUUACGAGUGGAUUCUGCAGCGUGUACAGGGUGUGCUGAUUCGAAAGGCGUCUGCGGUUAUGACAUCUCAAAGAAUACAACGGCUUGUUAUUGCGCGGAUGGAUCAUCGGGGUCGCCAACAUGUGCGCUGUCUGCUGCCGGAGGGCCUCAAGGGCAGCCUGGUUCAAAAGGAUCCAAGUGGCGGUUUCUAACUUCCCCAGCUGGAGUUCUUGUUAUUACGGGUGUUGUAGUAUCUGCGAUUGCCAUCAUUUUCAUCAUCCUCAAGAUUAAAACUGGAAUCUUCUCAUGGAAGGUUCCACUCUUCGAGAGCGAGAAAGAUCGCGAUGUCGAGAAAUUGAUGGGAGUCCAUGGAUCUCUCGUUCCAAGAAGAUACCAAUACAUUGAUCUGAAGAAGAUGACGAACUCAUUCUCAGAGAAACUUGGUCAAGGAGGAUUUGGUGCAGUCUAUAAAGGGAAGAUGAGAGACGGUUUUCUUGUGGCAGUGAAAAUUCUAAUGGAUUCGAGAAGUAGCCCAGAAGAAUUUAUCAAUGAAGUCGUGAGCAUUAGUAGAACUUCUCACGUUAAUGUCAUCACUCUUUUAGGUUUCUGUUACGAGGGGAAGAGAAGAGCUCUGGUUUUCGAGUACAUGCCUAACGGUUCGUUGGACAAGUUCUUAUAUUCUGGAAGAGCUUUGCAUACGAGUAGUUCCUUGGAAUGGAAGAUACUGUAUCAAAUUGCAAUCGGCAUUGCUCGGGGGCUAGAGUAUCUGCACCGGGGCUGCAAUACCAGAAUCUUGCAUUUCGAUAUAAAACCUCAGAACAUCUUGCUUGAUCAAGAUUUUAUCCCCAAGAUUUCUGAUUUCGGCCUUGCUAAACUUUGUCACAGGCAAGGGAGUGCUGUAUCAACUCUCGGUAUGAGGGGAACUGCCGGUUUUAUUGCACCAGAAGUUGUUUUUCGAAACUUGGGGAGAGUCUCUCACAAGUCUGAUGUUUAUAGCUACGGAAUGUUGGUUCUUGAAAUGGUAGGUGUUAGAGAUCCUGCCAUGAAAGUUUCCAACAGCAGUGAAAUGUACUUCCCAGAAUGGAUUUAUAGGGACAUGGAGCCCGGCAAAGAUCUGAAAUUGCCAAUGAAUGUGACAGAGGAGGAGGAAGUGCUAGCUAGGAAGAUGAUUUUUGUGAGUUUGUGGUGCAUUCAAACCAGUCCAUCUGAUCGACCUCCAAUUGCGAAGGUUAUAGAAAUGUUGGAAGGAAGCUUCGUAUCACUGCAAAUGCCGCCGAAGCCUGUCUUGUAUUCUCCGACACCACCAUUGUCACAGCAUUGGGAAAUGACAACGUCGAAUACCAAUAGGAGCCACGAGGAGGAGAGAAUACUAGAGAAUUUAGAGGAAAGCAGUAACAAAUGGCAAAGUGGUAAUGAACGACAGAGCUUCUCGAGGAAAUUGUCACGCCUUUCUUCAGUUUGAAUAUGUUUUUCAUAAGAGUUGCGAUGAAAGUGGACAGAACGGUUGGGCGGAUUUUCACUUGGACAAUCACAGCCACUAGCAAGACAAUUAGCAAGAAUGAUAUGAGAAAUUAAACUUAGUAGAUCAAAUGCUCACUGAAGGCUGUUUGUAAAAACACUGGAACUUGGAAGAUCAGGGUCAUCUCUCAUAGAAUUCACACACAGACGGUUCCUAGCAACGUCACUCUUCCACCAUCAUGUAGAUUGAUUUUGUGGAACAUUUUGGUGGUAUGUUCUUUGCUUAUGCCGAGCCUCCAGGUUCGAAUCACCACACUUUUCCCUUCUCCAGUAUUAUAACGCUGUGCAUUUUGCUGAAAAUCAUAAUGUCCACCUAAUUGGUCAGCCUUCGGACUAAGAAUAUGGUAUACCAGCAGUGAUUGUCAC